AAUCCGGACUGUUUGCUAAACGGCACGUGCAUACGGUAUACUCACGCACCCCAUUCAUCCAGCCAAUAGAGUUAGGGCCAAUCAACUAUGCCGACGUUUCCACCCAGAAAGAUUUGCAAGCCAAACAAAAGAUCCAAGGAGAACGGCAAAACCCAAUAGCCGUUUUUAGCAGUACUACAUGUAUGCAUACAUGGAAGGGAAGGACGACGCUAAGAGCUGUCCACCAUGGCACAGACCUAUUAUGAUGACGUUGGGCGGAUGUUUUGCAACAGUCACCGCCGUGGUCUCUGCCAUGAAUGCUGCAUGGAUUUCGAAGACAUCAAUCGGAUGGUAGAAGAGGAAGCUGGACUUCGCAAACCCAGAACUGAUUUGGAGAAGGCUGCCGAGGAUUUCGUCUCCAGUGAUGUGGCCUUGAGAAGAAUGGAAAGUGAAAUGGGCAUGGGACCUGGUCAUCCUGUCUAUGAACAAAAUCGUCAGUUUCAGCUCGAAUUGCUUCAAAAAUGGAAUUUCGCCAGAGAAAACGCCGACGCUCAAGCAGCCAAUGAAGCCUUUCGCAAGGCAUUGAUGAAAGAACACCGUCAUGCUGCAGAGCUACGCACCAUUGGUCAAGCAUGGCAGCGAGAAAACCCAGGUCAACAGGUUAUGCAAUUUGGUGGACCGGAAACACAACGAUUGUACGACCAGUUUGUGGCUCCGCCGCCUCAGCGGGCUGACGAUAAUAAGCCACGCGCCGAUAAAUACACGUGUGCGUUUUGUGGCAAAGCCAGCGACAAGAAGAUGGCAUGUUGCUCCAUUUGCAAAUUGACAUCGUACUGCAGCAGGAACUGUCAAAAAACUGCUUGGAAGGCACACAAGCUCGUUUGCAAGCCCACCGACAAGGAACCCAAAGGCAUGAAAACUCUGACGUGGGCACAAGUCGAAGCUCACCAGGGGAGACCCGUUGAUGGAAAGACUUUGGAAGUCCGAGUGAUGCAAGACGAGUCCAUGAUGCGUCAAGUAUUCCAAUGCAAAGAUAGGACAGGCCAAAUCGAACGGGUGACGGCCUAUACGAACAGCCGGCGUAUUCCCGGAAUGAAACCUGGUGUGAUUUUGCGCUGGAAAAAUCCUCGUUUUCAUUGCUUUAUGGAUGGCAGCAGAGGAGCCCGAAUUGAGGAGGAGGAUCUAGCCAAUGUUACCGUUGUCACCGAAUAAAGUGGAAGUUGAGUGGAAAAAGUACCGGUAGGUUGGUGGGAGAGAAAGCUCCCACUGCAUACAGUAGUUAUUGCUUUUAAAGUUGAUAUUUAUUUUUGCUCGGUC